AUGAUGCAGCAGCUGCAGCCGACGCGGAUGCACUGGGCGAGGGCCGUCCCCUCCGACUUCGGCGGCCAAGCCCCCGCCCCUCGCAGCGGGCACACGGCGGUCGCCAUCGGCGGAUCCAAGGUCGUCGUCUUCGGCGGGUUCGCGGACAAGCGCUUCCUCGCCGACAUCGCCGUCUACGACGUCGAGAACAGGCUAUGGUACACGCCGGAGUGCAGCGGCAGCGGCCCGGACGGGCAGCCAGGCCCCAGCCCGAGGGCCUUCCACGUCGCCGUGGUCAUCGACUGUAACAUGUUUAUCUUCGGCGGCCGCUCUGGGGGCAAGAGGUUAGGUGACUUCUGGAUGCUCGACACCGACAUUUGGCAGUGGUCGGAGAUGACUGGCUUUGGCGAUUUGCCGUCUCCCCGGGAGUUUGCUGCCGCAUCAGCCAUAGGAAACAGAAAAAUUGUCAUGUAUGGUGGUUGGGAUGGCAAAAAGUGGCUGUCUGAUGUAUAUGUCAUGGACACAAUGUCACUUGAGUGGACAGAACUAGCAGUUACUGGAUCAGCGCCACCUCCAAGAUGCGGACAUUCUGCCACUAUGAUUGAGAAGAGACUGCUUAUAUUUGGAGGCAGAGGUGGAACUGGGCCGAUAAUGGGUGAUCUCUGGGCUUUAAAGGGUAUUACUGAAGAAGAUAAUGAGACACCAGGAUGGACGCAAUUAAAGCUGCCAGGACAAUCUCCCUCUGCACGAUGUGGUCAUUCAGUGACUUCUGGUGGACCUUAUCUCUUGCUAUUUGGUGGACAUGGAACUGGGGGUUGGCUAAGUAGAUAUGAUGUGUACUACAACGAAUGUGUUAUUUUAGACAGGGUCUCUGUUCAAUGGAAGCGCUUGCCAACAAGUAAUGAGCCACCCCCUCCUCGGGCAUAUCAUUCUAUGACUUGCAUAGGGCCUCGGUUUCUUUUAUUUGGUGGCUUUGAUGGAAAGAAUACCUUUGGCGAUUUGUGGUGGCUUGUUCCUGAAGAUGAUCCUAUUGCCAAGCGGGACUUGGUUCCUGAUGUUGGUUCAGACAGCAACCAUAGCACUGUGACUGGUGAUGCCCAACAGUCUGCAGUGAAGGAAUCAGAAUCACAAUCUGAUGAAUCUCCAAUGUUGGAGUUGGCCAAACGAUUGGGGAUUCCACUUUCUAUAGAACCUUCAGCAAGUUUUGUUGACGAAAUCAAUGAUAGAGAACUAGUGGAAUUAUCAUCUAGGCUCAUUGGUGAAUCACUUCCUACCACCGACCAGCUUGCAUGUAUUCAGGCACUUCGUGAUCAUUGGAGAAGUUCUCCAUCCAGCUCAAUACAGCUCCAGGAGCUAGGCCCUCUGCUGAGGGACUAUCAACGUAUCAUUAUCCGUCGCUUUGUGGAAAACCCAUCCCCGACAUUCCUUGAAAGGGAAGAUCACCGACUCUUCCAUUUGAAAAAUGCCUCGCAGUUGCGCAUGGAUGACAUCCCCAUCUUACUGGGCGAGUAUAGAACUCUGCUUUCCACCUGA